GGCGGGAAUAGAGGGAGGCGGCGGAGGCGGCCCUCAAGGGCCGAAUGAGCUCAGAGGGAGCGUCGCGUGCCAGCUGCUUCCUCGGUCGGGCUGCCCAAGGUCAGGAGCUCAUGGCGGGACUGGGAGCGCGUAGCGUCCUGGUAACUGGAGCCAACCGCGGGAUCGGCUUGGAGCUGGUUCGGCAGCUCUUGAGCAGCCCCGACCCGCCCCAGCACCUCUUCGUCUGCAGCCGCCAGCCGGACGGGCAGCGCGGGCAGGAGUUGAGGACAUUGAUUUCUAACCACCCAAAUGUUACGAUGGUGAAACUGGAUGUUACAGAUCCCACGACCAUUAAGGAAGCAGCCACUUACGUUGAGGGCCAUUUGAAAGGCACUGGGCUUAAUGUAUUGAUAAACAAUGCUGCCAUUUUUACCGAUUUAUCACUGGAAGCUGCACAUCCUGAAGACAUGCUAAAUGAGUACAAGACCAAUGUGAUUGGGCCACUGUUAGUAAGCCAGGCUUUCCUGCCUUUGUUAAAGAUGGCAGCCAAAGGAGGUUCACAGAAGGGGCUCAGCUGCAGCAGGGCGGCCAUUAUUAAUAUCUCCUCUUCCAUGGGCUCAGUUGAAUUAGUCUCACAUACUUACAUUAAACCUGCAGUUCCCUACCGAUGUAGCAAGGCUGCCCUUAACAUGCUGACAAAAUGCCAGUCUCUGAGUUACAAGGAGGAUGGGAUUUUGUGCAGUGCAGUUCAUCCUGGGUGGGUCAAGACAGACAUGGGCACCCAAGCUGCUGAUCUGACGGUAGAUGACAGUGUGCGAGGGAUCCUCAAUGUGCUUUCCAAACUUGACGAUAGGCACAGUGGCAUUCUUGUAAACUGGAAGGGUGAAAAGCUGCCUUGGUGAAGAUGUGAUGUAUUUAAGGGGUCUUUAACGAAUGCUGGCAGACCAAAAUGGCAGCACUGCUCCAACACCCAAAUUACUUCAGUGUGGCAGUUUCUCAUGCUAUUAAUAAACCUCUCAUAAUUGGGAUA